UGCAUACAGAUCACCGUUCAUUCCUCCCUCUCUUUGCUCUCGUACUCCUAGCAUCACACUUUAAAACUCCGACUAUCAUCCCUCGACCACCAGACUUUCACCAUGGCGCCACAAGAUUCUUUCAUAGAUGAUGAGGAGGACACUUGCCCUCUCUGCAUCGAAGAGUUUGAUCUCUCUGACCGAAACUUCCGACCAUGUCCCUGUGGCUACCAGGUCUGCCAGUUCUGUUUCAACAAUAUCAAGAAUAAUAUGAACGGGCUCUGCCCGGCAUGCAGACGACCAUACGACGAAAAGACUAUACAGUGGAAAGUUGUCACUACAGAGGAGGUUGCUGAAUUCCGCCUUAGCAUCCAAAAGAACCAGAAAAAGCGUGCCCAAGAACAACGACAAAAGGAGGUUCAGAAACGCGAAGCCGAGAAGGAGAACCGCAAAAAUCUCAUCGGAGUGCGGGUUGUCCAGAAGAACCUGGUCUACAUCACCGGCCUAGCCCCGACCGUGCGCGAAGACGAGUUGCUCAAGACGUUACGAAAGCCAGAGUUCUUUGGCCAAUACGGAAACAUCCAAAAGAUAUCCAUCAGCAACCGAAAGAGCUCCGACGGCCAACAUCAGUCACUGGGGAUCUACGUGACUUUCGAGAGACCUGAAGAGGCGACGCGUUGCAUUCAGGCUGUCCACGGAUCCCAGAAUGGCGACCGGAUGCUCAAGGCUCAGCACGGUACAACCAAGUACUGCUCAGCCUGGCUGAAGAAUGAGAAGUGUAGCAACCCUGGAUGUAUGUUCCUCCACGAAGAAGGCGACGAGGAGGACAGCUAUUCGCGGCAAGACCUGUCGUCUAUGAAUAGUAUUCAUACGCAACGGCCUUUGCCCGGAGGUGGUUCACGGUCCGUUUCUCGGCAACAAGCUCCGCAACCUACUCCGCCACCCGUGGCAUCCCAUCCCAUGGCACGGUCAAUUAGCAAAGAAGGCUCCGAAAGUGGUGCUGAUGGAUCCGCCUUGCCGUCUUCUGCGAACUGGGCACGGAACCCGCAACGCAGUCGUAGAGGCAGCCACGCAACCAGUGGUGCGGCGUCGAGUCCUGCUGUGUCGACCUCCUUGCCAGUUACUGCAGAGGCAGUCCCGGAAGAAGCCGUGGAAGAUGAAGAGGAGGAGGCAGAGGCCGAGUCAUCGACCACCCAGCAAGAGGAGCCCGAGCCUACUCCUUCAGAGGAGCAGCCCAAGGGCAUCCCCGAGAGCUCUCUGAAGGCUUUGUUGAGGGCUCUGCAAGCCUGCACUCUUCCUGGUCUGGUCAGCGCAGAGGUGGAGGACCAAAACCCUCCCAUGUUUGAUGUUCGUGGUGGCGAAAAGCGAAAGGCCAUGCGAGAGGAGGAAGACUCUCGACUGAGCGGAGAGCAAGAGGAGCAGGCCGAAGUUCGUGAGCCCUCUGAGGGUGAACCAGAAACUGGUGGAAGCCUCGCCCUAGGAGGAGAGCCAGAGGAUCGGGAUGCCACAAACGACAGCUUCGAGCAGCGACGGCCGAGCACCCAGCCUCCGAUCCAACGCAACAACACCGAUGGUAUUUUCGGACCUGCCCUGACCGGAUCCAAUUUUAACCAGAACUCAGGCAACACAGUGUCUCGAUCGAUGACCCCCCAGCAGCUCUUCCUUCGGUCUCAGAGUGGUUUUAGCGACCAAGCCCCGCCUGGGAUCCCCAACCAGGGCGGUAACUUCCAAAACCAGGGUCACAAUCGCCAGUCUUCCAGGUUCAGCUUCGCAAACGACAACCAGGCCUCUGCGACCAACGUCAAGUUGGCCGCAAACCCGCGCAUCAUGGCUCAGCAGUCGUCUAUGAUGCCGAACUCUUUCCAAUCUCAGGGCAACAACCAGUUCUACGGUGCUUCGAUGCCGGGGCCACCCCCCGGUCUCAAGUCCACCGGCACACCCCCAAGCAUGUUUGGCCAAGGGUUUGGAGGAGCCGGUUUUGGGGGCGCUCCCAAGGACAACUCGAACGAGUUACUACAGAGCCUGAUCGGACGGAGUCGUGGAGGCAUCAACCAGGCUCAUGAUGCGGGAAAGCAUGACGAACUUCCCUCUCUUGAUGAGGCGUCCAACUCGGUCGACGCUUUAGUAUCCGACGAGCCCCUUCUCCCCGCAGCCGAAGUGGAGGGCCGCCGAUCGGUUCCUCCUGGCCUGGCUAUUCCUCCUGGGCUUGCGAACAUUUCCAGGCCUCCAUCUACCCAAGGUCACUCUAGGUUUGGAUAUAUCGUCCCAGCACUGCCCAAGGCCCCGCCGCCUGGACUGUCACAAGGAGCCUUGACUCCAGAUCAAUCACCGCGAAAGCCAGCAACCCCUGAUUCAGAGGCGAGGAGGAAUAUUAGAACGCUUGCGACCGAGAGCGGCUUGUCACGGGAAAUCUCUCAGUCGUUUGCCAGGCAGUCCAAGGGAAGCGCCCUGCAGGACGAGGACUUCCCGGCCUUGGGAUCCAGACCAGCAACACCAACACCCAAGGCAACGCCAAAGUCCAAGAAGCAGGCCGAAAAGAUUGUGGAUAGGCUUCUAGCAAAGACGAUCCAGGAGCCCAAGUCUGCCGAGAAGAAGAGACCAAUUGCCGUCAAUACUCAGAUUGCAAAGGCCAUCGCUCAUCCUGGUGAGACUUCAGCUAGCACCGAGAGGUCAAUGGCCGAAACAUCGGCUGCCUUCCCGCCUCUCCCAACCCCUGGGACUGCUGUCUCGUCGCCUAUCACUCGAUCGGCCCCAAAGACGUUGCGAGUCUUGCCGACACCCAAGACUGAGAUCCCCCCGCCUGCGUCCCCGGCGUUAACCAUGGCCUCGGUUGCCCUUUCUGCGGCAUCAAGAGCAAUGUCCGCCUCAUACUACAGGUCCGACACACCUGGAAGUGAGAUGGUUAGCGACAGCGCUUCCGUGGUGUCCGCCUCUGUGACGCAUUCUCGCGCCAGCUCGCCGCCCCCGAGCAAGGUUGGUGCUGCAGCGGUUCGGAUCACAACCAAGAGCCAGCAGAGGAAGCAACGCAAAGAUGCUCUGAAGCAAGAGACAAAGCUUAUUGCCGAGGUUGCACUGACAGAGGCUGAGGUGGUGCAUGCCCCAGUCCUUGGACGCAAGAAGAAGCAGAAGAAGGAAAAGCCCGUCAAGGCUGUGGCCCAAACUCAGACUGCCACGCCUGUCCCUAAGGCAGUCAAGCAUGAGGCUCCCAAGCAGGAAACUCCCAAGCAUGAGGCUCCCAAGCAUGAGGCUCCCGAGCAUGAGGCUCCCGAGCUUGAGGCUCCCGAGCUUGAGGCUCCCAAGCAUGGCGCUCCUAAGCAUGGCGCUCCUAAGCAUGAGGGUUCUGCGCUCAACCUUGUUGAACAGAAGAGGUUUGUUGGAAAGAGGGCGGAAGAUGAGCUUGCUAUGUUCCAGUCCGCAUUGAUGAAAGUAGCAAAGCUGGGCAAGGGGAAGGGCAAAGAAAAGGAAAAGGAGAAAGGAAAGGGGAAGGAGGUGGUGGCAAUGACCACACCACGAUUUCCCAAGGGAAUCGUGUUCGAGAUUUCCGAGAUCGAGCUGGCCGAGCAUGUCGAGAAGGCUGAGCAGGCCGAGCAGGCCGAGCAGGCCGAGCGGGUCGAGCAGGCCGAGCAAGUUGACUCGGCUGAACAGGCUGAGCAGGCUGAGCAAGCUGAGAAGACAUACCUUGGCCCAGGUUCGGUUUUCGCUGACCUCAGGAAGGCCUUGUGGACACCCACCGUCGACAAGCUGCAAAUCAUCAAGCCCAUUACCGGUGGCUCGUCCCGUGCUGAUCACAGUGCUGGCAGCCACCCCGCCAAGCAGGUUGGACACUGCAAGGACUGCUCAUGCAAAUGUGGAGAGAUUCAGGACGAGGACCUGGCUGCCCUGCGUGCUGGCAAGCCUGUUCGCAAGCAGUUCCACGUCGACGGCAGCCGCAUGCUAAUCACUCCCAACGGAGACUGCGUCCGCGGCUUGACCCCUGAGGAGGAAGAUGCAUUCCUCGAGCUGCAGGCCGCCAUUGCGACCACGGCAGAGAACCCUGGCGCCUUCAUCGCUCCCCGACACCAGCCUGGAAGCGGCGCCUUUUCGCUCAUCAAGGGUCGUGCUGUUCCCAACGGCCGUCCCAACAUCUUCCCGGCCACGGCGCAGCCCCAGUCCCAGGAUCCCAUCGGCAAGCUCCAGCGCGAAGACGCCCUCAGCUACAUCAACCAAUACGUCCUCCCGCGCCUCAACCUUGGUGCCACUAACAUGGGGUUUCCCAAGGGCGCCUCCCCGACGAAGGACGCCGCGGCCGCGAGCCUCAACUCCCUCGCCCCGUACUUUUACGGUCCCGAUGCCGCUGCCGGAGUUGGUAUCUACAGCCCGCCCGACGGCGCGCGCAACAUGACAGACUUUGGUCCGGCCGGCAUGCAGGCCGAUGAGCGUGGCAAGACUAUCGGCAUGGGCGGUAUGCCGCUGAUGAGUGUUGAGGACGCCGAGGGCGCACUGGCGGCUGCUCGCCGCGAGACAGAGAAGUUGGAGAAGGGCCUGAAUCAGGUGAUUCGUCGCAACAGGCGUCUUCUCAUUGGAGGAAGCAACUAAUCGCGAUAUUGUGUGAGGAGUGUUUACACAGAGGGAGCAACACAGAACCCCCAUGGCCAAAGAAUGGCCCCCCAUCAACUGUCAAUAUAUAUGUAAUGAUUUAAUCACGACAAAGGAGCAGAGCAUGUUCCAAAUGGAGUAGAUAGGCAUGGAUCAGUGCCAUCUAUUUGGUUGUACAUGUCACUCGACGUUUAACGAAUUGAUGAUACCUAUUGGUAACUGCCGUGGUG